GCUGGCUGCGCUCCACCCAGCUUGGUUUAGGCGGGGUGCGCAGGGUAUCUUUGACCACAGAGAGAGAGUGUGUGUGUGUGUGUGAGUGUGUGUGAGAGAGAGAGAGAGAGAGCCUUCUCCUGUCUGUUUGCUUGGCUUCAUACACUCACUUAAGCUUGGUCGCUGACAAACACGAGCACACAGAGACGCUGACACAAGGGCGGUUAUGGGAGCAAGGCAGCCAAGGGAGCGUGGCUGGUUGUUUUUGGUUUUGCUUGGGUCGUCGUUCGCACCACUUGGCCUGAUGUGCUUGAGCGAGGGCAAUCGACGAUCAUCAGCCGAAAUCAUGGCAAAUUAGCACAAGACUCAUAAUUUUACGUGAAAAAGUCACCCCGAUGUAUCAACCGGGCACUUCGCUCGCCCAUCCGGACCACGACCAAGAUGCCGCGAAUUUCAACGAGAAGCAAACGAACAGUUGAGGCAAAGGCGGACGAACGCGAAAUGAAGCAAACGCGACGAUGAAGGAGGAGAAGAGUUGCUGUGUGUUGUUUGAUGCUUUGUUCUUGGGGCGAGGGGAAACGCGAGGCGGCGGUGGGCGGUCUUGUGUGUGCGAUUUGCCUCUCCUCUUCUUCUUGCCAACAAGCAAGAGCACCUGCAGCAAGUCACCAACUCGCCAACCAGCCAAGAAGCAGCUCAAGAAGCCUGCUGCGCUCUGACGAUCCUUUCAUCCAGCCAAGCAAGAGCAUCAUCAUGAACUUUGCCAAGCCGGAACACAGCGGCGGCGUGGCGUCCAUGCCUGCCAGACGACUCAAGUCGGGGCCCAACAGCCCCUCGCACCAAAUUCCCACCACUGCCUACAGCCGCAGCUCAAAAGCCAACGCCUCCACCAACAGCGUGGUCUUCCAGAGCACAGACUACUCAACCGGCAUCAGUGCGGGAGCAACGGCAGACGGUGUCCGCAACAACACCGCCAGCCCCGUCGUUGUGGUCACGCACAAGCCAAUAGCCCGCGUGGGCGAGGCAUCGCGACACGUGUCCCCAACAGAGCUGGGGCCAAAGGCGAACAGUUCUGCUUUGUAUCUGCAACGAAACAUGCGCUUGGAGUCUGAACCACACGCGCGCACCACCUGCGCCUUUGAACGCAUCCAAGAGACCGAGUACAGCAGCGCAUACGACACGUCUGAUGACGAGCAGGCGACAUAUUUGGAGCACAUGGGCGCCCACUUUGAUGAUGCCGUGUGCACGGAUCGAGACAGUUCUCCCCAAACCACGGACAAGAACCAGCGCUCACAAGUAGAAGCACCACAAAGGCACAUGUCCCAAUCAAAGAAGAAGGGCAUCAAGUGA